AGCACAUCCUUUUCUAUCCUAGCGUCAUUACCGUCUUGCGGCACCUUGAGUGUGCUCUGAAAAAGCGCCUCCUUUUUCUUUCCUCCUAAGCAGCCGUGUUAGUACUUGUUAGUUUGUGUUGAAUCACACGCAGAGAAUAUCUCCUGGUAUCGUUCUCAUUCAGAUCGAUUUAGGCUUUGUUGUUGGUUUGGUGCGCUGCCUGUCCUGCAAAUUGAGAUACGUACUUAUUAGCUUCAGCUAACGAUGUCUGCCGCGAUGAAAGGCGCUGCCGCCGACGAGGUGGCAAAGUUUGCCGCCUUGCAAAAUCACUGGUGGGACCCGACCGGGCCGCUGCGCUCCCUGCACCUCUUCAACCCCAUCCGCGUGCGCUACGUAAACGACAUCGUCCGGUCCUACGGCAAGGUGGCCUCGAGCGCUCCUGCCGAAGCCUCCGUAGGCUUCCUGAGCAGCCCUGGUCUUACACCCGCGCAUGAGGUGCUCGACGUCGGCUGCGGUGGCGGUAUCCUUUCGGAGAGUCUCGCCCGCCUCGGCGCCACCGUGACCGGCAUCGACGCCUGCGCAGAGUCGAUUGCAGUAGCCGAGAAGCGGCGUCAGCAGCUCGCGAACUACGCGUCGCCGACGGCGCUCGCCAACUGGUCGCAGCGGCUGUCCUACCGCCACGCGUCCCUCUUCGACGUGGUCGAGGAGGAGAAGAAGCAGUUUGAUGUGGUGGUGGCGAGCGAAGUGAUCGAGCACGUGAGUGACGCGCGGGCCUUCUUGCAGGCUCUGUGCGAGGCCACGAAGCCCGGUGGUCUGCUGUUUCUCUCCACGAUGGACAAGUCGCUCAAGACGGCGAUCACACACAUCGGGUUUGCGGAGAGGCUGACUGGAAUUGUUGAGCCGGGCACGCACGACUGGCGCAAGUUUGUUCCGCCGAGCGACAUGACGAAGUUUGCGCAGCGCUUUGACGUGCGCAACGUGAGUUUGGACUACAUCAUCACUUAUCCUGAUCUCUUCCAGUCUGUCAUCACGCGUGACUUUCAGAUCAACUUCUGCUUGUCGAAGAACUUCAACACAGGUCAUUACUUCUGGGCGGGCCUGAAGACUCCCCAAAGUACGAAGCCGGCGGUGAAAGCAGAGAUUCUGAAGUAA